CGUAUAUAGUAUAGUAUAUUAUACACAUACAUUACAUUACAGUUUACACACACACACACACAUACGCGCGCGCACACACACACACACACACACACACACACACACACACACACACACACGCACGCAUGCACACCGAUCAGCAGCUACAUCGUAAUCGCUUUCCUCCUUAGUUUUUUUUAUUUUAAUUUUUUUUUCUCAAUUCCGAAUGACAAGUUCGGCUAGCGUCCGCGCCACUGUCAGUAACAGUUAAUUGGUCGCGUUCGCCGUUUCCGUGCCCGGUACGUGUACUACGACACGGUGGUGUUUGCUAUACGGCAGCUGAAUAUCGCGUCGCCGUUUGCGUGUGUGCCGUCAGGUCGUCGCUUCGUCUCCCCGGUCCAGUGUGUUCGUCUCCGUUCGCGCCCGCAGACACCGACGACGUCGUCUAAAUGGGAAGCGUGAACAACGCGGUCCGUUGCGGUUUCAUAUGUCGUUUGUGUUCGAAAAUCGACAGACGGGUGAUACACAUAUUCGGCGAACUGGGCAGAAAACACAAUUUGGUGCAGAAGAUCCGAGAUUACCUACCCAUCAAGAUCAAAUCCUCUGAUGGCUUACCUCUAACGUUAUGCGUAUCUUGUGUACAGCGUUUGAAUCGUAGACAUACCUUACAAAUGGCUAUAAAACAUAGUGCUCGAAUAGUAGCUCGUUCCAGAGUACAACAAGCUAGUGAAAGACAAGAAUGGAACCAACGUCAACAUCUAAAUCUUUGUCAAGAAUGCCUAUCCGCUGCGGUUCAUUCAACAUGAUUGUAGUCUUCUUCUUAUUAUUAUUAUUGUAUAUACCUAUGAUUUUUUUUUUCAAUGAAGACUGUUUUACAAAAUGAGUUCAAAGUAAAUGAGACAAAUACUGUGUAAACAUACUGUUUAAAUUUGUCAUCCUCAUCUCUGAAUUACUAAAAAAAAAAUGUUUUACUAACGGUUUUUAUUAUGAUUAAGUCGGGCAAUAAAUUAUUUAACAAAACUAUUUUAAGAAAAAUUUAUUUUUAUUUUUAUGUAUAACAAUAUGAAUGUGCUUAAAUAAUUUAUUUUUAAUUAUAAGCAAGUCGAGUAUUGUUAGCUUGUUUAAAAUUAAGAAUUGUCGAUGUAGGCCUAUUAGUUAUACUGUAGGGUUAGUCAAAAUAAAAUAUGUGUGUAAUAAAGUACUAGUAGAGAUAGUCUAAAAUGAAAAUUUUACUGUAUUUUUAUGCUUUGUUUAAAAUUUUAAUUUUUACAAAAAAAACAAAUUACCUAUUGAAAUUUAUUAUUUGAUUAAUUAUACAUGUAUAAAAUAUAUUUAUAUAUAUUAUGUACGAAUGAAAUUAGAAAAUGUGUUAAAUUAAUAAUUUUUUGUUUUGGUUUAUUAUGAAAAAAUAUUAUCUAACUUACAAUGUCACAAUUCAAAAUUUAUCAAACCGCUAAUUAGAUAAAUAAUGAGAUGUGCCAUAAAUCCACUAGUUUUCUCAAUGCAAAAUGACUAAUAAUUUAAUAAAUAAAUCUUUCCUGAUCUCAAACUUAUGGGAAGAUUUUUAUUGAAGUACUUAUUUAACAUAUUUAUUUUGACAUCCUGAAAAAUAUCUUUAACAACAUUGUUAAUUUAUAAUUUAUAUCUCAGUAAAGUAAGUGCUUAUACAAAGACACUUAUACUUAAUAUAAUAUUAUUGUAGUAAAAUAUUUUAAAUUUUAAGUCAAUAAUUUAAUAUUUAAGACUAGAAAUAAAGAAUGCAAUAAGUGCAAUAUGAAUAGCGCUAAUUAUUUAUUGUUUAAAACCUCAUUCACAGCAUAGUAUUAAAU